AUGUCGGCGAUCGAGCCCAAUGAAUUGGGAUUUCCCUAUUGGGCCAGGUCAUUUCGGGACAAGCGGAUCAUUUAUGAUGAAGAGGAUGAGCUUCAAGAGAAUGAUUCAGAGUUCUUGCAGGGUGGAACCAUGCAGUACCAGACACGAGAUAGAUCUUCCAAAGAACAGGGCUUUUUUCGAAUAAGCCAAUUCAUUUGGGACCCCGUGGAUCCACUCUUUUUCCUAUUCAAAUCGUGGAAUAUUUUUCGAUAA